AUGACAAUAAUUCAGGAUUGGCUGAAACUGAGUUUUCAAAGCUCCAUUCAAAUAAACCUGAAAACUGGACUCCAGGUCAACCGAGAAAUUUUGAGACAAGUUCUUAAAGAUCAGGUUGAGACGCCUAUGAUGAACAUGAUUCCUGGGAGGAUCAAGAUGAUAGGAGAGUUAGAGAACGUGGCUAACCUCAACAUACCAAAAGACUUGGCGAAGAAGCUAACAACUUGUUGGAGAAUUCUCGAAGUCACAUGUGUAAACCCAACUUUCAUCAUCAACCAUCCCGAGAUCAUGAGUGCCUUGGCAAAAUGGCAUAGAUCGAGCAGUGAUUUGACUGAGAGAUUCGAGCUGUUCAUCAACCAACAUGAACUCUGCAACGCCUACACGGAGUUGAACAAUCAUGUGGUUCAGCGCCAGCGUUUUGCUGAUCAGUUCAAGGAUAGACAAUCUGGAGACGAUGAAGCAAUGGCUUUAGAUGAGACCUUCUGUAAUGCUUUAGAAUAUGAAUUGCCUCCUACAAUUGGUUAUAUUGUUCCCAACAAUGAGGCCUUAGGACGAGCCAGCAGCCUUGAAAGGUACAAUCUAACUGCUCCUUUGCAAGCAGAGAACUAA